AUGUUCACUUCUGAUUUUGUGCAUUUUUUCUGUUUUUUUCCCAUCCUCAGUCAUCAACCUCCUCGAACCUCUGCUCACACGUCGCCUUCCAAGCCCGCCGCCACACCAUCGCCCACCACAUCACCCAUGACGUCUGUUGUGCCCAGGCAGCGACCUCGCGCAACAACUCCAGUCUGUCCGAGUCAGGCUGGUCUCUACGCGGUCUCGGGUGUGGUGCCUCUGCCUCCGGGACAAGCAGCAUCACCACGACGAACGCCCGGAAACACGGCCCGACAUGUUGAUCAAACUGCUCCAGCGCCAAGCGUCACUUCGGCCGCCGUCGUCGCCUUCACCAGCGCUUUGCCCUCGGGACAGAAUAAAACGGAGGAGGCGAAUGGAUCUGUUCUGAGGCCAGACUGGCCAGUUACUGAGAAUGGCAUCCUUCCUAAUUGUUCCUGGGAGAUUCUGGACUCAAACUCGCCGUCCAGAGCUGCAGACAAUCUUCUUCGGGAGGUGCGAACAUUUUAG